UUCCACUAGAUUUUGGAGCGUGACUGUGGGGAUUUGUGAUCAUUCAGCUACAAGAGUCUUAGUGAGAUCAGGUACUGAGGAGGUCUGGGGUGCAGUCGGCGUUCCAAUUCAUCCCAAAGGUGCUCAGUGGGGUUGAGGUCAGGACUCUGUACAGGACACUCGAGUUCUUCCACUCCAACCUUCACACACCAUGUCUUCAUGGAGCUCGCUUUGUGCACAGGUUCGUUGUCAUGCUGGAACAGUGUUUGGGCCUCUUAGUUCCCGUAAAGGGAAACUGUAACGCUACAACAUUACGAAGAGAUUCUAGAAAGUUCUGUGCUUCCAAAUUUGUGAGGAACAGUUUGGCGAAGGAACACACAUGGGUGAGAAGGUCAGGUGUCCACAAACUUUUGGCCAUGUAGUGUAUGUUUCAGGUAAGCAAAUGAGAGCAGGUGGUCACAAAAAUACACUUAGUUUGAAGAGUCACUCAGGCACAAAUAAAUCACUCGGGCCUUGGAGUCGGAUCGAAAUUCAUCUACGGGAACUGGAGAGAGGAAGGGUGCAGGAGCUGAAUGGGUUCCAGGUGUUGGGUUACAUAACCUAAGCCCCGCCUCCCAUGUCGCGUGCGCUCAUUUUUCCGUGUUGCGCGUUCUGUGCCGCGUGAGCGCGCAUAACUCUGCCACACUGUUAUUGCUCGCGAGCAGCCGCGUCUUUCUCGCCUUCUUUCUCGCCUUCAUAAACGAUGCCAAAGAUGGAAAAAGGAAGACCGCCGGAAAGCAAGCGCAGCAGGAAGCCCGCUCAUCCCGUCAAGAGAGAGGUCAGCCAAGAGAUGAAGAGCUUUGCUGAGAGCACGAUGAAUGAAUUGCUGGGCUGGUACGGAUAUGAUAAAGUUGACCUGCAAGACUCGGAGGCCGCUGACAUCAGGAGUCACAACGGCAGAGCAAGACGCCACCAAGUAUCUGUGCUUAAAGAGAAUUCAGAACCAAAGCCUACUGUAAUGGAGAGUAAGUUGACAUCUGGCUCCUCUGCGUCGGCUAAAAAUGGAGUGAAAGAAUCUACUGGCUUUCCCCUCUCUCCUUCAUCAUCCUCAUUCUCCCCACACGUGAAGGAGCUGCACGGCACCCAUGUCGUGGUGCCGCUCAUCAAACCAUCUGCAGUGGAUGAGCAGCAGAAUGUUCAGAUUGUGUGUGUAUGGUGUCAGAAGGAGGGGCUUAAACGCUACUCUCUUGUCAUGGGCUCUGAACUCAAGAGCUUCUGCAGCGAGAAAUGUUUUGCCAUGUGCCGGCGAGCCUACUUUAAACGCAAUAAGGCUCAAAAUGAAAAUCGGCAUGGUGAUCAGUCUUCUCCUCCUCCUGGUCAAACGGAGGAAACAACUCCUCAGCUCAUGCUUAAGAUGAACAGCAACACACGAGUAUGUGAUUGGUGCAAACACGUGCGUCACACCAAGUACCUAGACUUAGGUGCAGGUGAUGACAGACUGCAGUUCUGCAGUACCAAGUGCCUUAACCAGUAUAAAAUGGACAUUUUCUACCGAGAGGCCCGGGCUGCACUUACGACAUCUGGCGCUAGUCCGAGCCAAUCAGAAAACGAGACUCGUCCAGCCGGAGAGAGUGAGACUCUGCUGACACCCGAAUCAUGGAACAACCCUUCUCUGGAGGGAGACAGAAAAGAAACAGUGUCACCCAAAGUUUCGACACCUGUGUCAUCUUCCUCUUCAUCAUCAUCCUCAGUUAGAGCAUCUGUCUUGGCUCAGCAGAAGGAAAGAGAGAGCUCUGCUUCUUCUCAGCUCCAGACUGGCAUUCCGAUGCCGUCUACUCCUCCACCACAUGUGGUUGUAGAGCAACCAUGGGUGAUACAGAAGCCCCCAUCCUUUAACCGGGCACCUAACCAUGCACAGCCCAGAAACCCAGGCUCCAGCCCACACCAGAGACCCUCACACACAUCUCCGCAGGUGCACACACCCUCGAUUCGCCCAAUUCCCCCACCACAGCUCUUACACCCUUAUCUGGCAUCGAUGAUGCCCUGUGCACCCACCUACCCUCACCCCUUUCCAUCACUCAUGCCAACUCUGGGUCUGCCAUGUCCACAACCGACUGUCCUGGUGCCAUAUCCAAUUAUAAUUCCUCUCCCUGUUCCUGUGCCAAUUCCCAUACCAAUACCAAUGAACUCUGGGGCUUUGGGACAUGCUGGGGUUAUUCGUAACCACAAGGAGAAAGACAAGACAGGACGAGAUGCAGCUUCAGUCACCCCUGAAGAUGUACCUAGAGAGUGGAUGUCAGAAGAUCAGGGGAUUCCCGUUGGCGUCUUAGUUGAGCACAAAGUAAAGACAGAGCAGUCCCCAUCUCCAGACCCGUAUUCUCCUGCUUUCUCGUCACACACUUUCCCAAUCUUAUCUGCUCAUCCACAAGUCAGUCCUACUCCUCCCUUGCCAGAAGAUCAUAGACAAGAAGUUAGGGAGCGACAGGUGAUACAGAGAGCAAUGUGCAGAGUGAAGCAGGAAGGUGAAACAGAGUUCGACCUCAAUAAGCAGACGGAGGUUGAAGGAGAGUAUAGAUGGGGCAGGAAUGGAGAUGAAGAUGAUCCGAUUGCACAACACAUGUCCGCUAAAUCUCACACAGGCACUUUAAAGCACACAUCGAGUUCAGCCCCUGAAAAUGCAUCUUCCCCAGUGGACUUGCCAAAUGCACGUGCUUCAAUCAUUCUACAGCAAGCACUCAACACAACAUCCCUACAGUUCAGUCCGACCCAGAACAAAGAACGAGCUCCGGCCAAAAUUCAUCCCCACUUCCUGAAUCUGAGGAUGUGA